UCCUUGGCCUGAUGUCGGGCGGGGGCGGGGGUGGAGGGCUCGGCGCUCUGCCCAUCGUGCCUGGCAAGCGAGGCGCUCCUUCACCUAGCCGUCGCAGUCGCGGCCCUGAGCCGUAGCCGAGCAGGCGGAGAGAUGGCGUCUCAGCCGCCGCCGCCCCCGAAACCCUGGGAGACCCGCCGAAUUCCCGGGGCCGGCUCGGGCCCGGGGACGGGCCCCGGCCCCGCUUUCCAAUCUGCUGAUUUGGGCCCUGCUUUACUGACAAGACCUGGACAACCAGCACUCACCAGAGUGCCCCCACCUAUUCUUCCCAGGCCAUCCCAGCAGACGGGGAGCAGCAGCGUAAACACUUUCAGACCUGCUUACAGUUCAUUUUCUUCUGGAUACGGAGCCUAUGGAAAUUCAUUUUAUGGAAGCUAUAGCCCUUACAGUUAUGGAUAUAAUGGUUUGGGCUUUAACCGCCUCCGUGUAGAUGACCUUCCACCCAGUAGAUUUGUUCAGCAAGCUGAAGAAAGCAGUAGAGGUGCAUUUCAGUCCAUUGAGAGUAUUGUGCAUGCGUUCGCCUCUGUCAGCAUGAUGAUGGAUGCUACCUUUUCAGCUGUCUAUAACAGUUUCAGGGCUGUUUUGGAUGUAGCAAAUCAUUUUUCCCGGUUAAAAAUACACUUCACAAAGGUGUUUUCCGCCUUCGCAUUAGUUAGGACUAUAAGAUACCUGUAUAGACGGUUGCAGUGGAUGAUGGGUUUAAGAAGAGGCUCUGAGAAUGAGGACCUAUGGGCAGAGAGUGAAAGAACUGUAGCUUGCCUUGGCGCUGAGGAUCAAGCAGCCAACUCUGCAAAAUCCUGGCCAAUAUUUCUGUUCUUUGCUGUUAUCCUUGGCGGUCCUUACCUGAUCUGGAAACUCCUGUCUACACACAGUGAUGAAGUAACAGACAACAUCAGCUGGGCGAAUGGUGAGGAUGACCAUGUAGUUGCUAGAGCAGAGUAUGAUUUUAAUGCCAUGUCUGAUGAAGAAAUUUCUUUCCGUGCUGGAGAUAUGCUAAAUUUAGCUCUCAGAGAACGACAGCCCAAAGUUCGUGGUUGGCUUCUGGCUAGUCUUGAUGGUCAAACAACAGGACUGAUACCUGCAAAUUAUGUCAAAAUUCUGGGUAAAAGAAGAGGCAGAAAAACAAUGGAAUCGAGUAAAAUACCCAAGCAGCAACAGUCUUUUACCAACCCAACGUUAAUUAAAGGAGUCACUACUGCCAACUCUUUGGAUGAACAGGAAGCUGCCUUUGAAUCUGUUUUUGUUGAAACUAAUAAGGUUCCAGGUGCACCUGAUUCUACAGGGAAUAAUGGAGAGAAACAAGAUCUUUGAUAUCUUUUAUGUUUGUGUGCAGGUGAAUAAUACUUUAGACUACUUUUAAAAAUUAUUUCUUACAGAGAAAUCAAUUUGCAGUUGAAUGAAAGCAUUUGCUCAUGGCCGUCCCAGGCGUUUUGCUGCUAGAAGUUAUUAGUCACACUAGUAUGCUGGUCUAGUGAUCGGGCUACACCUGACCAUUUAUUGGACCAUGAGGACAUUUGUUUCACCUAGCUUUUAGAUUAUGGAGAUUGUUGUCAGUUUCAUCUUAUCUAAAUCCCUAAGCUUACUGGAACAGUAAAUUUGAUGAACACUAGAGUACACAAGUUGCCUCAGAAGGGAUUAUUAAUGCUUUUUUAAAGUUCUGAGUUAAUUGAUUUGAAGUCUUCAAAAAGUGAGUGAUAACAUCUACUUACAAGAAUAGGCAAAAAGGCUGACUUUUUAUAACCUUUUAAGUAAACUAAAUAAUAAAAUUUUCUUGAUCUGUA